CUGUCCUGCAUGUGGGAGGACGUCCGGUGGCUGAGACAGAGUAUGUCAGUGUCUAUGUCGUCGUCCUCCACCCUGCAGGCGCGCCACAAGAUGCUCACCGCCGCCGGCCAGCUGCAGAACCUCCUGGGGACCCACAACCUCGGCCGCGUCCACUACGAGCCCAUCAAGGAUCGCCACGGCAACGUGCUGCUGGUGACCAUCCGCGACACGGAGAGCCAGCACUCGCUGUUCAGCGGGAAGUGGAUGCAGGUGACCAAACUGCAGAGCCAGAGGAAGUCGCUGUCCACGCCGGAGGAGCCGUACGCCCUCGACGUCCUCAUCAUCACCAUCCAGGACAUCUUGGCGUACCAGCGGCGCAGCACGCACCGGCUGGCCCCGGGUCUCUACCUGGGCUACCUGAAGCUCAGCAGCUCUGUGGACCAGAUCAGAGUCCUGGUCUCCCAGCGGACCCCCAACAUGCUCUGUCACAGCCGCGUACGGGACAACGCCAACGUCUCCAG